CAAUGAUGUGCCCACUUAAUCCUGGUUUACCCUUCUCCAUCCCAACGCCUGAUCCUCACUCUGCAGCCCUCAAUUCAGUCUCUCCUUGGAAGCAACAUCAUCAGAGGUAAAGAGCAAGCAUGUCUACAGAGCGGUUUGACUGCCAUUACUGCAAGGAGUCCUUGUUGGGAAAUAAAUAUGUUAUGAAGGAGGAUACUCAGUACUGCACUAAGUGCUAUGAGAACUUGUUCUCCAAUUGCUGUGAAGUGUGCUCUCUGCCUAUUGGGUGCAACUGUAAGGAUCUGUCCUAUAAGGAUUGCCACUGGCAUGAGCAGUGCUUCAAGUGUGCCAAAUGCAGCCGCCCUCUGGCAGAAAAGCCAUUUGCAGCUAAGGAUGAACAACUUCUCUGCACAGAGUGUUACUCCCAUGAGUACUCCUCCAAGUGCUCCACCUGCAAGAAAACCAUCAUGCCAGGUUCCCGCAAAAUGGACUACAAGGGGAACAGCUGGCAUGAGACCUGCUUCCUGUGCCACCGCUGCCAGCAGCCAAUCGGAACCAAGUCCUUCAUCCCCAAAGACAACGGCUACUUCUGCGUGUCCUGUUUUGAGAAGCAAUUUGCCUAUCAGUGCUGUGCCUGUAAAAAAGACUUGUGUCAUCCGCCCCCGCUGUGCUGGCGUGUCGUGUGUGUAUAUCUCCUUAAGGCCAUUACGACCGGUGGGGUGACCUACAAUGAUAAACCCUGGCACCGUGAGUGUUUCCUGUGCAUCGGCUGUAAGAAACAGCUAUCUGGACAGCGUUUCACCUCCAGAGAGAACUACCCCUACUGUCUGGACUGCUUUAGCAACCUCUAUGCCAAGAAGUGUGUUGGAUGCACCAAACCCAUCACCAGUCUGGCUGGAGCCAAGUACAUCUCCUUUGAGGAGCGCCAGUGGCACAGCGAGUGUUUCACCUGUAUGCAGUGCUCCGUGUCUCUAGUGGGCCGUGGCUUCCUCACCCAGCGUGACGACAUCCUGUGCACCGACUGUGGCAGAGAGAAGUGACCUCACUGGGGAGGUCGCAACCUUAUGACUUUUUAACAAUCCAGCACAGGUCACACCACACUCAAACCAUACUACAACAUAUUCUGAAACACCACACCAAAACCCUACCCAGCGAGAAGUGACCUCAGCAGUUGGUCACUAUAUUGACCUUUAUAUCAUUCUAUUGUUGUUUCAGUGUUGUGACGUUUGUGAGGAGAGGAGCCUUUGAUGUACACCUGUAGUUUCCCCUUUCAAGAGUAGUAAUAGAAUCUUAUGACAAGUUAAAUGUAUGAUUUACAGAAUAAUCUCACUUGUGAUAAUCUAAAUGACAAAGGGAUGUACUUGACACCAAUUAAUUUGUCUGCACAUUAGUCUUUGCUGUUUGCAUGUUUUAUGUUGUCAUCAUUAUUCAAAUCAAAGUAAUAGUAGUUUAAAUAAGGUGACAAUCUAAACUGAGUGGUUCAUUUUUUGUUCAAAUCUAAAUUCAGACCGUGAUUUAUGAAUGCAUCUUUGAUGUUAAAUGAAUAGCACUGCUUUGCCUUAAUGAAUAAAAGUAGUGUGGUGUCA